AACUAGAGAAAGAGAGAACUGACCUCAUGGAAGAUGUGACUGCCAACAAGAGAAGGAUGAAAGAGCUGGAAGAUAACUUGCUCUAUCGACUGACAAGCACACAGGGUUCUCUGGUGGAGGAUGAGAGUCUGAUAACUGUAUUGAGUAACACUAAGAAGACUGCUGAGGAAGUGACACGGAAACUGCAGAUUUCUGCUGAGACUGAAAUACAGAUCAACUCAGCCCGUGAGGAGUACAGACCCGUUGCAACAAGAGGGAGCAUCUUAUAUUUCCUUAUAACUGAGAUGAGUAUGGUCAAUGUGAUGUAUCAGACUUCUCUUCGACAGUUUCUGGGACUCUUCGACCUUUCUCUAGCCAGGUCUGUCAAGAGCCCAAUUAUGAGUAAGAGAAUUGCAAAUAUAAUUGAGCAUAUGACCUAUGAAGUAUAUAAGUAUGCUGCCAGGGGACUUUAUGAGAAGCACAAAUUCCUGUUCACCUUACUGCUUACCUUGAAAAUAGACAUGCAGAGAAACAGAGUGAAGCAUGAAGAGUUCCUGACGCUUAUUAAAGGUGGUGCUUCUCUGGACCUUAAAGCUUGUCCUCCUAAACCAUCUAAAUGGAUCCUGGAUAUGACUUGGUUGAACCUGGUGGAACUCAGUAAGCUUAGACAAUUCUCAGAUGUUUUGGACCAAAUUUCAAGAACAGAAAAACAAUGGAAAAUCUGGUUUGAUAAGGAGAAUCCAGAAGAAGAAAUUGUUCCCAGUGGCUAUGAUCAAUCUCUGGACUGCUUCAGACGUCUCCUCCUUAUUAGAUCCUGGUGUCCUGAUAGAACCAUAGCUCAGGCCAGGAAGUAUAUCAUGGAUACCAUGGGGGAAAAAUAUGCAGAAGGAGUCAUCUUGGACUUGGAGAAGACAUGGGAAGAAUCAGAUCCACGUUCUCCUCUCAUCUGCUUUCUUUCUAUGGGUUCUGAUCCUACUGACCCAAUCAUUGCUCUGGGGAAAAGACUGAAGACAGAGACACGUUAUGUUUCCAUGGGUCAGGGACAAGAAGUCCAUGCUCGUAAACUUCUACAGCAGACCAUGGCACAUGGAGGAUGGGCACUUCUUCAGAACUGCCACCUGGGGCUUGACUUUUUGGAUGAGCUAAUGGACACUAUUAUAGAAACUGAAACUGUCCAUGAGAACUUUCGCUUGUGGAUGACCACCGAGGUUCACCGGCAGUUCCCCAUUACCCUUCUUCAAAUGUCGAUUAAAUUCACCAAUGAACCUCCACAGGGGCUCAAAGCUGGUCUGAAGAGAACAUAUGGUGGUGUGAACCAAGAUCUCCUGGAUGUCAGUAACAUGGUACAAUGGAAACCAAUGUUAUACGCUGUUGGUUUCCUGCACUCCACAGUUCAAGAAAGACGCAAAUUUGGACCACUAGGUUGGAAUAUCCCCUAUGAGUUUAACCAGGCUGACUUUAAUGCCACUGUGCAGUUCAUCCAGAAUCAUUUAGAUGACAUGGACAUCAAGAAGGGUGUCUCCUGGAAUACAGUUCGCUACAUGGUAGGCGAAAUCCAGUAUGGAGGUCGAGUGACUGAUGACUAUGACAAAAGACUGCUGAACACAUUUGCUAAGGUCUGGUUCAGUGAAAACAUGUUCAGUCAAGACUUCUGCUUUUACAAAGGGUACAGCAUACCCAAAUGUACCACAGUGGAUCAGUACCUUCAGUACAUACAGACCCUGCCUGCUUAUGACACUCCUGAGGUAUUUGGGCUGCAUCCCAAUGCUGAUAUCACUUACCAAAGCAAGCUUGCCAAGGAUGUGUUGGAUACUAUCCUCAGUAUUCAACCUAAAGACAGUUCCAGUGGAGGAGGCGAGACUAGAGAGGCGGUGGUAGCUAGAUUGGCUGAUGAUAUGUUGGAGAAGCUUCCUGAUGAUUAUCCACCAUUUGAAGUAAAGGAAAGGCUGCAGAAGAUGGGACCGUUCCAGCCUAUGAACAUCUUCUUGAGACAGGAGAUAGACAGAAUGCAGAGGGUUAUCACCUUGGUGCGAAGCACUCUGACUGAUCUCAAACUUGCCAUUGAUGGGACCAUCAUCAUGAGUGAAAAUCUGAGGGAUGCUUUGGAUUGCAUGUAUGAUGCAAGAAUUCCUGCCGUUUGGGAAAAGGGGUCUUGGGCUUCCAGCACACUAGGUUUCUGGUUUACUGAACUUCUGGAAAGAAACCGUCAGUUUUACUACUGGAUAUUUGAGGGCCGACCAAACUGCUUCUGGAUGACAGGGUUCUUUAACCCGCAAGGAUUUUUGACUGCAAUGAGACAGGAAAUAACUCGAGCCAACAAAGGGUGGGCACUUGAUAGUGUAGCACUGUGCAAUGAAGUCACCAAGUGGAUGAAGGAUGACGUCACAACUCCUCCUCCUGAGGGCGUCUAUGUAUAUGGACUCUAUCUAGAAGGAGCUGGUUGGGACAGAAGAAAUUUAAAAAUCAUUGAGUCUAAGCCCAAGGUGCUCUUUGAGAUGAUGCCUGUCAUACGGAUUUAUGCAGAGAACAACACUUCGAAAGAUCCUCAUCUGUACUCAUGUCCAAUCUACAAAAAACCACAUCGAACAGACCUGAAUUACGUUGCUGCUGUGGACCUUAAAACCGCCCAACCUCCAGAGCACUGGAUACUGCGUGGUGUAGCACUUCUUUGUGAUGUCAAGUAAUGUUAAAUCAAUUUUCAUUUCCUCC